AUGAUCCUUACCCCCCGUACUUCCGUUGUUCGCUCUGUCGCUCGACGCUCGACAGCCAUGACAGAUCAAUUCUGGCGAGCUGCGCGGCCUGUCGCUAUUGUAGAUGACUUGGAUUAUAGUUUUGCUCUGCUACCAGGUAGAUCCCGUUCGUUCUCGACCACCCUUCCAAUUCGAACCAAGAUGCAAUCAGUUUUCUCACCAAAGGGGGUAAAACCUAUCGGUCCCUAUUCGCAAGCUAUCAAGGCCAAUGGGUUGGUCUUUGUGUCAGGGCAGAUCCCUGCAGAAGUCACAGGAAAACUCAUAGAAGGCACAAUUGCAGAGAAAACACAUAAGAUGUGCCAGAAUGCACGUGCUGUUCUGGAAGCUGCAGGUUCUAGCCUUGAAAAAGUGGUCAAGAUAACAGUCUUCUUUCAGAACCUGGAUGACUUCAAGGAGAUGAACGAUGUAUAUGCUGAGUACUUCCCUCACAAACCGGCCCGAAGCUCCUGUGAAGCCACUAGACUUCCUGCGGGCGCAAGUAUCGAGAUGGAUAUCAUCGCUCUACAGUAG